AUGGAGCGGGCCAGGGACCAUUUACACCUGAGGUGGACUGUGGAACAGCACGUACCAGAGGUAGAAAUCCAAGUCAAACAUAGAAGGAUAGCCUCACUGAGCAACCAGGAGUGUCACCUGUACCCGAGGCGAUCUCAGCAGCAACAACAAGUCCCUGUGGUGGAUUUCCAUGCAUACCUGAGACAGACAUUCUUAGCUGAGAUACCAAGAGGUGGUUAAAGCAGUAUUGGAACACCCAGGUCUUAAGGAUCCCGAAACUUUCCUCUGGACAUUGGAUUUGAUGGAGCAGCAAUCACGACUGUG